AUGGCCAACUCCAUCCGCAAGGUUCUUCGCAAAGCGUUGGCCUCGUUGGAUCUGCCAAGCGAUUCAGACGAGGUGCCAGAGCCUCACCAGCGCCGAGCAGACGAGCAUGUGGUGACCAUCGUGCUCGACCGCGGUGUGAAGAGCAUCGCAGCUGUACAUGCGGUGAUGCUCGAGAGGUGUGCUUACAACGCUUUCGACGUUGGAGAGCCAGUGGAGAAGCUUCGAAGCUGGGUGGAGGUAUCUCGACCGCCUGUGAUGAUUUCCGACGCUGCUGUCUUAAAACGCCUUGGUUUGACAGACAUUGCUGCGACGUUGGGGGACUUUCCUCGGAUUGUCUUAGAUGUGGACUUGGCGUUGCAGAAGACCGACAACAAGUGCACGCUUGCCUGUCCCCCCAAGCAUGAUGAGAACGACCUCGACAGACUGGCCUACCUGAUUUUCACUAGUGGGUCUACCGGAAAGCCAAAGGCCGUGAUGAUCCGUCACAAGUCAGCGUUGAACGUGGUUCGCAUCUGGGGCAAGUACGUGGGUCUUGGGUCUCACGAUCGAUUUGCGCAGGUUGCUUCGAUGUCUUGGGAUGUCCACAUCAUCGAAGUUUAUGGCACCAUGUCAGCAGGAGCCACCAGCGUCACAUGCCCCGACAUGAUUAAAAAGUCAGGUCCGGACAUGCAAGUGUGGCUGAAAGAUCGAGAGAUUACGGGCAUGAGUGUGGUCCCUUCGCACUUGCGCACCAUGGCUGGUGGUGGAGCAGAUGUAUCAAGGACCUCCGCUGGGCUUCCGCACCUCCGCAUCCUUGAUGUGGGAGGCGAAGCAUUGGGAGCAGACGUUGUAUCCACUUGGGCUCCGGGCAGCCGAUGGCAAGCACCCAUCUUGAGGCUGCUUGGAGCCCGCGUGGGUAAGCGCUUCUUCUGCAUGAACGAGCUGGUGCUGGUGGAUGCUCCCUUCACCGAGAUCGGCGAUGAUGUCACGGUGGACUAUGAUGGACAGGUGAGAUGUCACUCCUUCGAGGACUUCCGCUUGAAAUUCACCCACUACAACGUGGGAAAUCGGGUGACCAUCAUGUCAGGUGCCAGCGUGGCGAUGUGUAAUGCUGGAGAUGGUGCCGUGCUUCGUCCAGGCAGUCUCAGCUGGAAGGGGAGCCACUUGGAGCCGGACACCGUCUAUGAGGGUGCUCCUGCAGCGGCCCUUGAUGACCUCGAGCGGGGCCUGUCUCGUCUCAGCGAGGGCUGGAACUUGGCAUGCACGGAUGCACGAUUGAAUCACAUGCACAUCCCUGAUGAGGCCGCAGCAUCCGCAGAGGCGGCCGCGCUUCGGGCAAGGGUGCAGCAAUUGGAGGAAUCCACCGCCUCUGCCAGCGAUGGUUUGGAAGAACUUCGUCAGAAGGUGAACGAGGCGGAAAACGAGUUCUCUAAGCAUGAUUUCGGGUGUCCGCUGGAAGCAGCCACGAUUGAAGAAGAGUCGGUGGCUCGCAUGGCCAACUCCAUCCGCAAGGUUCUUCGCAAAGCGUUGGCCUCCUUGGAUCUGCCAAGCGAUUCAGACGAGGUGCCAGAGCCUCACCAGCGCCGAGCAGACGAGCAUGUGGUGACCAUCGUGCUCGACCGCGGUGUGAAGAGCAUCGCAGCUGUACAUGCGGUGAUGCUUGAGAGGUGUGCUUACAACGCUUUCGACGUUGGAGAGCCGGUGGAGAAGCUUCGAAGCUGGGUGGAGGUAUCUCGACCGCCUGUGAUGAUUUCCGACGCUGCUGUCUUAAAACGCCUUGGUUUGACAGACAUUGCUGCGACUUUGGGGGACUUUCCUCGGAUAGUCUUAGAUGUGGACUUGGCGUUGCAGAAGACCGACAACAAGUGCACGCUUGCCUGUCCCCCCAAGCAUGAUGAGAACGACCUCGACAGACUGGCCUACCUGAUUUUCACUAGUGGAUCUACCGGAAAGCCAAAGGCCGUGAUGAUCCGUCACAAGUCAGCGUUGAACGUGGUUCGCAUCUGGGGCAAGUACGUGGGUCUUGGGUCUCACGAUCGAUUUGCGCAGGUUGCUUCAAUGUCUUGGGAUGUCCACAUCAUCGAAGUUUACGGCACCAUGUCAGCAGGAGCCACCAGCGUGACGUGCCCCGACAUGAUUAAAAAGUCAGGUCCGGACAUGCAAGUGUGGCUGAAAGAUCGAGAGAUUACGGGCAUGAGUGUGGUCCCUUCGCAUUUGCGCACCAUGGCUGGUGGUGGAGCAGAUGUAUCAAGGACCUCCGCUGGGCUUCCGCACCUCCGCAUCCUUGAUGUGGGAGGCGAAGCAUUGGGAGCAGACGUUGUAUCCACUUGGGCUCCCGGUCGACGUCUCUUCAACAGCUACGGGCCUUCGGAGAUUUCUGUAGUCUGCACAGGUGCUUAUGUGAAUCCAGGUGAUGUCAUUACAAUCGGUGCUGAGCUGCCGACCUACACAUGUUACAUCGUGGACCCAGAGAACCUUGACAUCAAGCCGGAUGGAGAGCGAGGUGUGCUGUUCGUGGGAGGUAUUGGUUUGGCCCGUGGUUACCUCGAAGAAGAGGAGAAGACCAAGGCCAAGUUCGUCGAGUUGCCUGGCAUCGGCCGUGUGUACAACACGGGAGAUCUCGCUUCCCGCGACCAGUUUGGCCGCAUCCACUACCAUGGUCGAGUGGAUUGGCAAGUCAAGGUACGUGGGAUUCGCAUCGAGCUGGAAGCAUUGGAGCAGGCCAUCAUCGAGUUGCCCUCUGUGAAGCAUUGUGAGGCCCGCGUGCUGGACAACGGCCAGCGCUUGGUUCUCUUAGCUUCUGGACAAGACGUGUCUGAGGCCGAGCUCAAAAGUCAAGCUGCCUCGCUGGGGCGUGGCUAUGUUCUAAGCCAAGUGAAGAUUGUUGAGAACGACGCGUGGAAGUUCAAUGCUUCUGGGAAGCUGCUGCGGAAUGUGGUUUCCUUGGGUGAAGAGGAAGCGUCGGAAGUGAAGAAAGACGCCUGGGAAGUCUUCGAGAAGGCCGGAGUGUCGGAUCUUGAGCUGGAGAUCGCAGCGUGCUUGGCUCCACAGCUGAGUGUUGACAGUUGGAACCGGGAUUCUCAUUUCAUGGAGGAUCUUGGUGUUGACUCUGGGGGCUUUGGACGACUGAUCUCUCAGACGAGGUCUAAGCCGAGCUUGCAGAAGAUUGAUUUGCAGAUGCUCUUUGAACAUCCAACUGUUCGAUCCUUGGCAGCGUGUCUCUCCGCACAAUCAGCAGAAUCGGACUCCGAGGAUGAGGUCAUUCCGCUGGAAACAAACACCUUGCUGGACUCCUUCCUUUGCGCUGCAGAGCAACAUCCCCAUGCCAUUUGCUUGGAGGUAGGCCAGCAGUCCUUGAGCUAUCUUCAGCUGCGUCGGCAGAUGAUGGCUUAUCAACGGCUGCUGCAUCAAGCCAAACCCUCCAAGGGAAGCCUGGUGGCGAUUCGCCUUGACUCCGUGGACAAGCUUGGUGCCAUGCUGGGAGUUCUCAGGGAAGGCUGUGCCUUCAGCUUUCUUGGAGAUGAUUUCGCGGAGCAGAUCAAAGUGCUGAAGCCCCAUUUCAUCUUGGCACGCUCCGAUGACAGCACUUGGGCCCAGCUGUGGAAGCUUUGCGAUUCCAAUGACACGAGCAUGCUUGUGGACGUGAGCUCCGCCGACUCCUUGCUUUCGCAUGCCCCGAAAGCGAGGAAAGCACCACAGGCCGAUGACGUGUGCUGCGUCGGGCUGGAAGUUCGGGGAGGUGUGCAAAGUGCAGUCCCUGCGUCGCACAGCACUAUGUUGGAGGCUCUCGCCACAUGGCGUCCCCUGGUGCAAGGCACCCGAAUCUCCAGCGUCACCAAGCCAGGCUCUGCGGGUGAGAUUUUGAGCACUUGGAGCAUUUUGGUUUCAGGCGCCACGCAUGUGGUCUGCCAGGCUGAAAGGAUACCACAGGCACGGCUUGAGCUGCUGAUCUGCGAACAUGACGGCAUUCCAGGUCGUGUUGCAAGGCAGGCAAACCUCUUGCAGAUUCCGGCCGAGGGUGGCUUCAAGGCAGUUCCCGAGGCGGUGUCCGAGUUUGGUCGUGCUGGAACUGCGGAAAGCUUUCGCUCGCGAGCUCUUCGAUCUUCGUCCUUGCUGUCCUUGGCCUCAUCUUUGGCGCCAUAUGUGCUUGGGCGAAGCCAAGAAGAAGACCCCAAGAGCUUUGGCAAGCACAGUCGGCCGGUGCUUUGUGGCGCUGUGCAAGGCAUGGCCAUUCUUGGGCAGCCCGUCUUUGUUGCGGCUCGUCUAUUGUUCGCGGAAAGAGUGAUGUUACCCUUGGCAUUCGUGUUGCCUCUGUGGCAAAUCUUCCUGGUGCUUAUCACAGUCCUGACACUGGAGCAGUUCGUUCGAGUUCUGAUGCUGGUGGCUCUGAAGUGGUUGUUGAUUGGUCGUUACAAGGAGGGCGAUCACGACAUCUACAGCCUGUUCUACCUGCGUCACUGGUUAGUUGAACACGCGGCCAAAGGUACCAUUGUGGGGCAGAAUGCACAUCAGGGAAGCAGCAUAGCCUUCCUCUUCCUGCGGAACUUGGCCUUGAGAGCUCUCGGUGCUGACGUUCGCUUGACUUCAGUGGUUACUGCUCGUGUUGUGGCCUAUGACCUCGUGUCCGUCGGUGACCUCGCCACGGUUCACGGCCCCCGACAUCUGACGGCGGUGAACUAUGGCAGCAGGCGCAUGGUUCUGAAGGCUGUCAAAGUUGGUGCAGGCGCUUACGUAGGCCCGAACUGCACCUUGGAACCUGGCUGUGAGAUUGCCGCUGCCGGAUAUGUGGAGCCAUUGUCUUCGGUCCCUGCUGGAAUGAUCGUGGACAGCCGCGUCUGUGGCGUUCCUGCGCAAGUUGUUGGCCCAAAAGAUCUGAGCAGGUUGCCUAAAGCAGCAGAAGUUCGCAGCUUCCGAACUGGCGCGGCGCUGUUUGCCACGGCGUAUUGGAUGCUAAUUCUUCCCAAAGCUUUGAUGCCAUUCAUGGGAGUCAUCGCGUUCCAAUUGCUCAGCUUGUAUCCUUGGGACCAGCAGGAGGUCCUGCAGGAGAAAACCAUGUAUCCGGAGCACACGGAUUUGCUGCCCGCUGAGCUGCUGGACCAGCUCAAGUGGAUUCCACUGAUCGCCUUCGGGGUUUCCAUGCUGAACACGGUUCUUCAGCUUGGUGGAACGGCCUUGCUGUGCCGGGUUUUGCCCAAGGUGAAGCCGCCUUGCACAUAUUCUUUGCUGAGCAUCAGGGCGCAGAUUGCCGCCUUGAAGAUGUCGAUGGUGCUGCAGGCAUCGGAGAUGCUGGCGGAUGCUUCCAUCGUACCUGCUUUCAUCCGCAUGUGUGGUGCUACCUUCGGGCACGGAUGUGCCAUGGGCCUGCAGGUGACGCUUCCGGAGACUCUGGUGGUGGGCAAGGGCUGCUUCUUUGCCACUGGCAACAUUUUGACCAGCGUGGAUGUUGACCAGGGGAAGUUCAACGUGCCGUGCAUCACCUACAUGAGCGAUCACACCUUCCUUGGAAACCACAACCACUUGCCGGAGGGUUUGCCCGAGGGCAGCUUCUGCGGAGUGGGGUCGCAUGAUUGGCCCGAUUUCUUGGCUGCUAGGCUGUCUCAUGCUGCAAGUCAGCUGACUGUGGUGUCGGCGGCAGCAGCCACGGAAGCCUCCGUCCUCCGGGACAAGGUGAAGCAGCUGGAGGAUUCCACUGCCUCCGCCAUCCGUGACGGUGUGCAAGAACUUCGGCAGAAGCUGAAGGAUGCUGAGGCGCAAUCGCAAGAUGCUUCCAAGAAAGUGGCAGAGGAGGCAGCCGCGGAAGCCUCCGUCCUCCGGGACAAGGUGAAGCAGCUAGAGGUGUCCAUGGGAGAAUCUGCGGAGGAAGCGGAGCAAACAAAAGCGAAGCUUGCCCGCCUACAGAAGACGCUCCUGGACUCGGAAGCUGCCUCGGAGGAUCUCCGCCUAAAGCUGGCAAACUCGGAGUCUGCAAAGGAGAGCUUGCAGGACAGCUGCAUGCUUCGGCAGAAUCCAGUUGAGGGCUCCGAGCCGCCUGAGCUGGCUGGAGGCCUUGAACAUGUGACACUAAACCAUGUGGAAGCCUCGACUCAGCAGCUGGAGAAGCUCAGCAGCAACCUUCGCGAACACCUGCGGAGGGUUGGGGAGUCCUCUGCAGAUCAGGAAGCCUCUGCGCAAAACUUCGGCGUGAGACUGAGGAGCAUCCAAGUGGCUGCUGCCGACAAGGAAAACGAAGAGGCAGAACUUUGGGCUCACCUUCGACACGUCGAGGCUGGACAUUCUGAUUCCGAGCUACCCGAGGCUUUGAGAGCCAAGCUGCGCGAAGUUGUGCUGGAUGCAUCGCAAACAACCACUGCAGGGGAGGGUUUCCAGGUGCGGCUGAGGCACGUCGAGGCUGCAGCAGCAGAAACACAGGCCGCAUCAGAAAAGCUGCAGGUUCAGUUGAGACACGCAGAAGCUUCUUCCGCUCAUCUUGAAGAUGAAGUGCAGGCUCUUCGCGUGAAAUUGAUACACAGGCCUCGACGGGAGGUUGACCAUGCUGCCGUGCAGACUGAAGGCCAGCAGUCUCUCAGUGGCAGAACAGAUAGAAAAGGUCCGGCUCGAAAGACGGUCCUCUUUGGAGAAGAAGAACACCAGUCCCUACCUGGUAGUGUUGUUUCUCACAAGACUGAAGAAGAGGAUGUGGACGAAGAAAAGCCGGGCGUAAGGCGAGCAAAGAGCCGGAUCAAGUCAGUAGACUUUCAGAGGAUGGGGUCAGCCGUGUCCUACGUCCUGGAGUCUGAAGAGGAACGGUCCGGCAGUGAGGACGGCGAUUUGGCAAUGGUCACUAGAAAGCUCUUCCUCAAGCAUGACAAAGAUGGAACAGGGCGCAUUGAGUGGGAGUCCGGUGAGGCGAUCAAGUUUCUGGAGGAGUUCUUCUGGUUGCAUAAGCAGCCGCCUCCGAAAAUUCCGAAACCCGCGUUCCACAGCCUCUACUCACAGGUGAAGAUGGACAGCAAAGAAUCAGAUGCCAGCCUGGAGGAUCAGGAGACAGGCCUAAAUAUCGAGGAGAUGACAGCCUUCGCAUCCAAGGUCCACCAGUUUGUCUACAAGCAGCUGGGCAAAGAGAUGCGCGAGCAACGGAAAAGUUUUGCCAUCAGCACCGGAGACACCGAAGUUCUCAAGCAACUCUCAAUGAAGGAGGCUGCGCAGGAUCCCAGCCGCCGUGGCACACAACGCCGAGCCACGCUUGGCGGGGUCAAGCUGCAGGACCUGGCUGCAGACGUUCCGGAUGAAGAGGAAGUGGCUCAGCGCCGCGUGACUCAGCGGCGUGCCACCCUUGGGGGAGCUCGGCUGCAGGAUGCAGGCGCUGAUGAUGGUGAGGUUGCCUUCCAACGGUUGGCGACGCGUCGGGCCACCCGC